AUCUUGAAUUUUUGGUUGAAUUCUCAGGUGAGAUGUCGCCAAAGAGAUGUGCAACUGUGCCUAUUAAUUCUGCAAAGAAGGAAAAAACUUUGGAAUAUGGUAGUUCAAAUUUGGACAAUGAAUUCGAGUUUGAUGCAAUGGAAUAUCCUCAAUCUCCGGUUUGUCCUCCCUACGAGUAUCCCGAGGACGAGGAGGAUCACAUUGAAGGGCAUCGUCGUCAACCUCUUAGAGGUGCUCAAAGAUUAUUGGAGCACUACAACAAUGAAAAGGGUACCAACUAUGAGCUUGUAGAAGCGUUGACAAGUGGUGCCAUAAUGAAGCCUGAUGGUAUUGCGCUCCAUUGCAAUUUCACAGCUAAACCAGCCAAUCAGGAUUCCGAUUCUUCCAUUAAGCUCUUCUUUGGCGAGAUGCUCAUUGGUCCAAACGAUGUUCAUAUAGUCACUUAUUGUGAUAUAUUAAAUGGUAAAUCUCAUGGCUGCAAGGAGUGCGGAGAAAACGCCGACAUUAAGCAUCCCCCUGCUGAACUUUUAACGCGCAGUUAUGAUGAUGUUUCCGAUACUAUACCUGAGAUGUCGCCAAAGAGUGGUGGAGCUACGCCUAUGGAUUCAGUCAAGGAGAAAACUAGGAAAAAUGGAAAAUCAAUUUUGGACCAAGGCUACGAUACCAAUGAUUUGGGAUAUCCUCCAUCUCCGGUUUACACGCCCUAUUGACUGUAGGUAAAUUCAUGAGUCUGGACUUCUUUUGCGCAGCUACGCCAUACAGACUACAGAGUGGUGCGUGAUAUUUUAUAUUGCAUGGACUGAUGAUUUGACUAUAAUGUUUACAAACUCUGUGGAACAUGUUUGUAUUUUCUCAAGUGCUAUAUCAGAAUUGAGAAUACACUCCAAGUUAAUUGUUUAAAACAAAUGUGCAAAAUAUUUAUUAUUAUUAUUAUUAUUAUUAUUAUUAUUA